AUGGAGCUUCUUUGGGAGAGAGGGUUUGAAGUAUUGAUAUCCACUGGUCGUGGAGUCGCGUUGGAGUAUCAAGCCUUUUCAAGUCAGUCGUCAAUUUACGACUUUGUUGCCGCGUCGGAUCGAAAACUUUUUAGCGACUUUUUUCGGGCUGAUUGUAACCAAUUUGCGAUAAAAACAUUCCGAUGUCGUAUGCUAAAUCUGAAACAACCAACAUUUGUGGGUUAUGCAGAUUAUGAGGUGUAUGCUGCGCAGAUUUUUGAAUCAAGAUUGUAUGAGAAAAAUUUUUUGGAAAGUUCUUCGGUUAUUCCAGAAGUGAGCUGUGCACUUUGUGUUGCUCGGCUGUUUGACCUAUCACAGACUGCUGCGGUUGAUCAGAAACCUCAUCUAAAAUUUACCGUAAAUGCAUCUAUGGUUAUCAUAUCUGCGGAGUCUAGGAACUUAAAUUUUGAUUUUCAACAAUCUGAUAUUAUCAACUGCAACAUUAAAGAUCUUUGUAUAGGCGACGACAGAAUAAUUGUCGAGAGACUUAGCGAACUUUCUCUCUCUCACAGUCCUGAGAUUCGGCUACAGAUCAAUAAUCACUUGGUGCAAUGUAAAAUUCGAGUUCUGAAACAUUUUGACACUGAGAGCGUGAUGGUUUUGGGUUGUUACAUCGAUAGAGUAGUCCUAAAUUACAAAAGAUCAAGAAGUGACGGGAGCGACGAAAACCUGAAAGUUGUAAGUAAUGAAUACCGAGUUGAUUUGACAACUAGUAUUGCUGAUUCGACGUCAAGUAGCUAUGACAAUCUUCCAUCAUUAUCGUUGUCAAAUACUAAUAACAAGGAAAAAGGCACUGAUGCUCUUUCUCGACUAUGCACAACGAUUUUUUCGGAACCAGAUUCUGUUUGCGAGUUUGAGUCACAGGUGCCAGACUCAAAUCUUGGGCAGUUUUCUAACUCGCGGCAAACAAACUCACCGACAUUUAUGUACGGCAAUGAACAAGGUUACUCUGUGUCUUGUUCUGGUGACGCAACCGACAGUGUGGCUGGAGACGAAACGACUGUGGCUGUCAAGGCAAAAAAGUUCAGGCGAUCAUGGCAGCCUAAACAGCGAUUGUUAAAGCAACGUCAGAAAGCAAAAAAGAAAAAUUGUGCAACUGAGAUUUUUCAAGAACCUUCUGUAAGGCCGCUGGAUAUGCAAUAUGCAUCUGUUGCUAGCUCGUCUGGAACUUCUGGUCAAAAUACUUUGUUGAAGACACUGUUACAACCGUGUCCGGUAGAGAAUGGCACUGUUUCUUAUUCAAAUGUGAUGAUGACAGGAAACCAAGGCGUUUGUUCAAAGCAAUUUCUUCUUGAAAAUAAUACGUCAUAUGCUGCCCAAGGACCGGCUAGUGGGUUUAGUAAACCCUGCUCUUUAAUAAGUGAGACAGUUAAUGAGAAGCCAUCAAAAACGUCUGCUGUGUCACACCAGCCUUUUCUGAUUUAUCAAAGUUCUGUCAGUUCACCGGUCACAGCAAUGCAGCCAAGUAGCUGUGAAACAAUUGCAGUAUCUGAUGUUGCCACUCAAGGUGUUUUGCCAGGCACGAUGAAUAGUGCUUAUACUAUUAGGACAUCGUCUGCGCUAUGCCAGGAACGGGUGUUCUCUGGCAACGUUAAUAGUUUGCUGAACCAGAGCCCUGUCGUCGUUUUUCGAGAACAACUACAGAACUCUCCAGUGACUGCAUCCGAAUCUGCCGGCCAAAAUAGCGGGAACACUAUCAUGAUUCCACAGAAUCAACAACUUAUGCAAACCGGUCAAAUGUGGGCAACACCAAGAGGAUCUUACAUCUACCGUCAACCACGGCUUUCAUACGUUCAGCAGCAGUAUAAUGCAAAUCAGGAGGUACGAGUAAUUCCAGUAGAAAAAAUACUUCAUAGCAGCCAUAUUCUGCAACAGGAGCAACCUUGUAAAUAUUCACAACUCGGCGUUUCCCCUUAUACACCGUACGAGCAAUUCCCUUCCUCAUAUUACCAACCAUCUGAGCACUGUACGACAAUGGAUAACUCGUGUGAUCGCUACGAAACUGGCGCCUGCAUGCCGCAAGUGGCAGCGACAAGAAAAUGGCCAAAGCGUCCAAGCUUUAAUACUGGUCGUGUGAGGAUGAGCAUACGGCUACCAGUGAAGAUGAUGCCUUCGGUGGAAGUGCCUUCCGUUCAGUCUACAGUUUCCGUUGGACAGAAGGCUGCAGAACAAAAUAUGUUUGCGCUGGAUAUUUCGCCGCAUGAACCGACUGAUCCAAAUCUUGGUAGCGAUGCUACGCAUCCGCUUAACUCUGCUUUUAUGAUGCCCAUUGAACUUUACGACUUCAACUUGGGCAACGGUCGGGUUGGUGCUAAAAAGCUAAAAGUUUGA